GGGGCGGAUGCGCGGGGUCGUGCACCGGGGUAGCGGGAUGUGCGCGGGGAGCUCCCGGCGCCUCUCCCGCGCGGGACGGAGCCGCGGGAGCGACGCUGGAGGGGUGAAGCCUCCGUCUGGCCGCCCGCAUGGAGCUGAGCAGCGCGGAAGGGGCACCUACCCGGUUCCUCGGCCUCACCCAGCGCUCCGUCUCUGAAGAUCUGGGUUGCAGACGCGGAGAGUUUAGCAGAAAGCAUUACGGGUCUGUGGAGCUUCUUAUAUCUAGUGAUGCUGAUGGAGCCAUUCAAAGAGCUGGACGGUUCCGUGUGGAAAAUGGCUCCUCUGGUGAGAAUACGGACUAUGCUCCGGGUACAUGGCACAGAACGGAUGUGCAUUUGGAAAACCCGGAGUAUCAUACAAGAUGGUACUUGAAGUAUUUUUUAGGGAAAGUUCAUCAAAAUUAUGUAGGUACAGACGCAGAGAAGAACCCUUUCUUUCUGUCUGUUGUACUAUCUGACCAAAAUAACCAGCGCAUUCCUCAAUACCAUUCAAUACUUUGGAGAAAAACAGGUACUCAGAAAAUAUGUCUCCCUUACAGUCCCACAAAAACAUUAUCAGUGAAAUCUAUAUUAAGUGCUAUGAGUCUUGAUAAAUUUGAGAAGAGCCCAAGAGAAAUUUUUCAUCCUGAGAUACAAAAGGAUUUAUUGGUUCUUGAAGAGCAAGAGGGAUCGGUGAAUUUUAAAUUUGGAGUCCUUUAUGCUAAGGAUGGUCAGCUUACAGAUGACGAAAUGUUCAGUAAUGAAACUGGAAGUGAAAGCUUUCAACGGUUUUUGCGUCUUUUGGGUGACACAAUUACUUUGAAAGGCUGGUCAGGCUACAGAGGAGGACUGGACACUAAAAAUGAUACAACAGGAACCUGUUCCAUCUAUACAGUUUUUCAAGGGCAUGAAAUUAUGUUCCAUGUUUCAACCAUGCUACCAUAUUCUAGAGAGAACAAGCAGCAGGUAGAAAGGAAGCGACAUAUUGGAAAUGACAUUGUCACUAUCAUAUUUCAGGAAGGUGAAGAGUCUUCUCCAGCAUUCAAGCCAUCCAUGAUUCGCUCUCAUUUUACACAUAUUUUUGCUUUAGUGAGAUAUAAUAAGCAGAAUGAUAGUUACAGGCUGAAAAUAUUUUCAGAAGAAAGCGUUCCUCUCUUUGGGCCUCCCCUUCCAUCCCCACCUGUGUUUACAAAUCACCAGGAGUUCAGGGAUUUUGUGUUGGUGAAAUUAAUAAAUGGUGAAAAAGCCACCUUGGAAACACCAACAUUUUCUCAGAAACGUCAACGCACUCUAGACAUGCUGAUCCGCUCUUUAUACCAAGACAUGACGCCCGACCUACACAAGGGAAAUAACAUGCUUAAUAGAAGAUCGUUCAGUGAUGUGUUACCAGAAUCCCCAAAAUCAACACGGAAAAAAGAGGACGCUCGACAAGCAGAAUUUGUUCGGCUUGGUCAGGCAUUGAAAUUGAAAACCACUGUGAAAGGGGAUACCACAGCUAACUUGGCAACCACAAGCUUUUGUAAAAAGGAGCCUUGGGAAUCUCAGUCUUUCUGCAGUAAUUUUCCUCAUGAGGUUGUCUGUGCAGAUUCUUGGGGCCAGUCCUUGCUGGUUUCUACAGAUGCUGGCAUCUUGUUAAUAGAUGAUGGUCAACCGUCAGUGCAAGUAUUUGAUAAAACUCUCCAAAUAAAGCAGAUGAAUGUGUUGGAAGCUCUGGAUCUUUUGAUUGCCCGAACAGACAAAGGGAAAGACUCUCGUAUCCUUGUCUUCAGACUCAGUGCUGUCCAAAAAGAUAUAGAGACUAAAAAAAUCAUAAGAAGCAAAUAUGACUGCAGAGAAAAUAAACUGGAGAGAACAAAAGGCUGCCAUUUGUAUGCCAUUAAUACUCACCACGGAAGCGAACUGAGGAUUGUUGCAGCUAUUCGGAACAAACUACUUCUUGUCACAAAGAAAUAUAAUUCGGAUGACACUUCAGUCAGCACCUCUCUGCUAUCGUCUCCUGAAUCUCCAGUCGAGGAGUUCCAGUACAUCCGGGAAAUAUGCCUUUCUGACCCUCCAGUGGUUAUGACGCUGGUGGAUGGACCUACUGGAGACAGUGACAAUAUGAUCUGCGUAGCAUAUCGGCAUCAGUUUGAUUUAAUCAACGAGAGUACGGGGGAGUCCUAUAGAUUGCAUCAUGUUGAAGCAAACAGGGUUAAUUUUGUUGCAGCUAUUGAUGUAUAUGAAGAUGGUGAAGCUGGUCUACUGUUGUGCUAUAACUACGUUUGUCAAUACAGAAAGGUAUAUCCUUUCAGUGGACGUUGUCCACUUGUCCAGCCAUCAGCUUAUGACUUCAAUUUCAGCUGGAAUCAAGUUCCUUAUGCUGUUGUCUGUGCUUUCCCUUAUGUUCUUGCCUUCACUACUGAUUCCAUUGAGAUCCGAUUAGUGGUGAAUGGGAACUUAGUCCACACAGCAGUUGUGCCUGAGCUUCAGCUUGUAGCAUCAAGGUCGGAUAUUUAUUUUAAAGCAACUGCUGCAGUAAGUGGAUCAUCUGACAGCAGCUCUAAGGAAAUGAGUUCAAAGAGUUCUCCUCAAACACCGACAGCUUACGAAAAGCCAGAAUUACCUCUUCCUUCUCUAGAAGGUGAAGUUCCAUGCAAAAAACUGUACAAAAUACCUCUGAGCAAUCUGGUUGGGCGAAGCAUUGAACGACCUCUGAAGUCACCUUUGGCUCCCAAGGUCAUCACUACUACAACAUCGAGUGGCAUUACCUCUCUUCCAGUUAUGCACUCACUACCUUUAUCUCGUAUGGAAAUUAAAGAAAUUGCAAGCAGAACACGUAAAGAAUUGCUGGGUCUCUUGGAUGAGCCUAUACCCAAGACAGAAAGUGCACAGAAGCUGAAAAAGGUAUCUCGAGGACAGUCAGACCCUAAGCAGGGAGCUGUAAGAUCAACUAGUAGUGACAGGAUAAUCCCAAGCGCAUUUGUAGGCUAUUCUGAAGGACGUCAUCUUUCCACUAGUUCAGAUCCUGAUACUUCAGCAAGCAGGGAGGAGAGCUCACCAUCUAGCUAUCCAUUUCCGCUGAUUUCUUUAUAUGAUGAAGACAUCAUUGACUUAAAAUGAAGACACUUUUAAAACCUUUCUUCUUUACUUCACAUUUUCUUACAGCUCUGUAAGCUCUAUGGCAAUGUCACAAACACUGCUUCUGGUAGUAAAAUGUAGCUGGAAGUACUGGUGAUAAAUCCUUAUGGAAUCCAUGUUCUGGUUAGCACAGCCUUUAUAUCUUUGACAUAGAUGUGUUCUAUCAGUUAAGGAAACAUUACUUUUCAUGGCAAUCUAACAGUAGGUAAUCAGUGGGAGAUUCAGGCUGAAACUGAAGUAAACAAAAAGUAUUACUUGUUGUAAGCUUCUUAUAAUUUGACUUACACAAAUGACAUGGAGAAAAGUUAAUUGCUGUUAUUACUAUCAUGAGUUGUUUUACAACAGUGUAUGUCAUGUUGGAAGAGGAAUUUUAUAACACAGAUCACUACUUUUGGUUUUUCAGUCUUUAAAAAACAAAACAAAAUAACAGCAAAAAAAAAAGGAUUGCAGGCAAGGUCAUUUCAAUCACUGGAGUCAGUCCCUAAAUUGAUGCAUCUAUGAUACGUUCACUGAAGAAUCAGGUGAGAUAUGAAGAUGGUGUUUCUUGGUUCAUUGUUUAGAGAAACUUGAAAACUCUUUUGGCAUAAGAAAUCCCUGAGCAGAGAACCUUUCUAGGGGACACAAACUUUCAAAAUAUUUCUUGAAAAUUGGAAACUAAAAAGAAAAACCCUAAAAAACCCACGAACAAACAAAAAAUGUGGAAACAAAAACUCCAGUUCAUCUACUGGAAAACUUACUCUAGUGCAUCUGCAGAUUUCUCCAUUACAGGCAGAAGAGCCAACCCAAAUUGUCCUUGACUACAAAAAGAUUCCUAUAUAGACAUCAUCAUUAGCUGUUGUCUGUGCUUGCACCAACAGUAUAAGUAAUUAUUUCAGUUAGUUGUAUUUUUCUAACUGGAUGCAGACUGAAAUUUCAGCGCUAAUAAGGUAGUCUUCUAUGAUGAAACAGUGAUCUUGUGUCUUACUGUAUUAAAGGACAGGGGUUUAUAUUUAAAGUUUGAUUUUUAUUUUUUUAACCCUUUCCUCUAGAACACCUUUGCAAGGAUUUUGUUUGGUUUGUUUUUUUUUUUCAGGAAAGCCUUUCUAUAUAUGAUGUUUUUAGCUUUAUUAGCAAGUGUUUCUUGUUCUAAAUGUAGAAAUACUUCUGUAUCCUUGAUUUUAUUUCAUAAUACCACCUGUAUGUUGUGAUUUCACUUUUGUUCAAGCAUGAUCAUCUGGAGAUGCGUGCCUUUUGCUGCUGUCUGUCUGAAUGUAAAACUGGUUUUGCAAAGUGAUUUUUUUUUUUUCUCAGUUUAUUAUAUAAUAUGGCUGAGUUGCUUCACUUAAGAAAAUAUGCAAGGUCUUUCUCGGAAGCGUAAUUUCUUAAUCUCAGCUGGGGUGGCUAAUCAACAGAAGAAGCAAUAUUUCCAAUAGUAAUUAGUCUAGGAGAAGAAGGCUAUAAUUACUUUAGUGGGUUUUGCACUCAUAGAUGUGUGGGGUGAACCUUAAUAAGCAUCUAAAAGGAAAUACCAGAUUGAAGUAUUUGCAAAAACUUGUAAUUAUUCUUUGAGAAUGUUGUUUCCAGAGAUUGUGUUACUUUACCCUAUCCUUAUUUAUUUGGACACUUAACGGUUUAAAGAAAAUCUGAAAGUACCACGUGGUACUUAUUUUCCUGGAAGUUGUAAACGCUUCUGAAUCCACUUUUUGGGGUCACGGCUGGCACUUACGUAUUUUUAAAAAGGAAAAGAAUAAGCUUUUUCCAAGAACAACUCUCUCAAUGUAGUGUUUGAUUUCUGGUUUGUGGCUAUUUUUGAAGACUGUACCAGUAGUGUCUUGCAAAACUGGGGCUUUAGUGAAAAUUUUAACUGGAAACUUUGCUCUACCCUGUUAGGAUAGUUGAUUUUAAAUUUACUGCAGAUGUUCACCUGUGCCAUCACAGCAUGAUUUAAAAUGAUUAACCACAGCAUGAUUUAAAAUGAUUAACCAUUGCUGAAGCAAUAUUUGGAGAUUUUUAAACUUGUUUUGAAGAACCUGAGCAAACACAUACUUAGGUAUCCUGAAAGACUAGCCUUAGAGAUGGAGCAUUAGGGAGAAGAAUGAGAAGAGCUUGACAGAAAGCUUGACUACUGGCUAUGAUGGUAGUCAGAAUGCAUAUAGAUACAGCAUUUGCAUUCUAUCCUAAACAUGAUUAUAGAAGAAAGGGCUAUAAAGCAAGAGUUAUUUUCUUGAAUCAGAGGUGCAGCAGUGGCUGUAAAGUAUUACCAUUAAGAGAGUGUUGGGGGAUGGGAGUGUGUGUGUGUGUGUGUUUGUGUGAGAGAGAGAGAAAGACCCUUUGAAGGUUUGCCUGUAAUUAUAGCAUUGAUGAUGUCUAGCAAAUGAACUGUAAGAAGUAAAGAUACUGGAUUACUGAAGCACAAAGCCAGAUCAUACUGGCUUCAUGGUACAUACCUGGAACAGGAUAUUGGUAUUAUUUGAAGAGGGAAGACCAGCAACUGCAUCCCUACCCACCUCCCACCUGCUUUUAUGCUAUAGCUUGACUUAAUGGGUCUGGUACAAGCUGCUAAGCAAGUCACACUAGGAACUACCAGACCUUAACAGACCAUUGCUCUUAUAGGACAGGAAGGAGCUGAAUCCUAGGGAAAAAAAAAUAAUGUCUUCAUUCUCAUUGUAUCCAGUCAGUGCCUUGUUAAGUUUUUGCUUUUGUAGUUGUAGAGGGAUAAUAUCUGACACGGCAAAAGAAGUAGAGAGCAAUACAUUUUGUUUGGGUUAAAUGACACCUAGAGUUGGUAGCUGAGGCUUUAGAGCCAUGUAUAUGUAGUUUACUACCUACUUAUUGUAGGAGAGCAGCCCAGAACAAAAGGUAGAAGGCAGAAAACGUAGAAAUAAUAUUCCAAUUUUAUUUGACUCAAGCCACAGGAACCAAAUUCUGUGAAGUACUUUAUCACAUUUAUUCUAUCAAAAAAAGUUACCAACACAAUAAUGUGAAAUUACUGGUGUACAAAACCUUGUACAAGGAUGUGGCUUCUUUGAGUUUUUAGUAGUCUGAACAGACAACCAUGUGUCUCUUCAUGUUGAGGACAACUAGCUUCUAGCCAUUGUUUCUCUCAAAACAUCACCCUUAUUAUUUAGACUGCUAAUUAAAAUCUAGAGGCAGUUGGUGGGAUUGAUACUGCAGCUCUUGUGCAUCAUUUAUAAAGGGCAAAGUUCUUACACACCUGUGGAACCUCUCCUCCUUAAGACUGGCAUAAGAUGACAAGGCCUGUUGGAAGGCUGCUGGGAUGUAGUGUUGUUCAGUCCAGCGUUGGAGCCAUGUUGUUUGUCCUCUGUUUUUCCAGCAUGUGCAUGCAUAUACUCUCUUAAAACUUAAAAAGUAGUCUUGGGCACAAAUUGUAGCCAUGUCCACUGUAAGAAGAACCCUUUCUCCUUUUACAUUGGGUGUUAAAGCUGCCUGUAAGCUGCAUUCUUGAUGCUGGCUGACCAUGUCAUGGUUGGGAGAAAAGAUAAUCUUUGAAUCCACUAUGUAAGAUGGGUGUUGUUCUGAUAGGAAAACUGAAAAAUGUUGCUAGAGAUUGAUGGAAGGAAGGAAUUGUUUCCAUGAAGGAAGAAUUGUUACCAGAUUGAACACUUGCUAUCAGGCUAAGUUUAACUGAGGGCCCAUUCUGGACUCUUGGCUAAGUUUCUGCAAGAAAUACUUUCUAUUCCAAUGUGCUGGAUUUGGAGGCAGCAGCAGGGCUCUUAACUCCUGGCUAUGUGGUGUUGGUCACCGCUGGUCAUCCCUGUGCCUUAGUCUGACUACAUUAUAGGAAUGUCAUUUACAUUGGUGCAAGCAUUAGAUUGUACAGGUAAUUAAUUUAGAAUGUACUUGUGUGUUCUCACCAGCACGGUUAAUGAUGCAUGGAAUCACAAAAUAGUUGAGGGUAGAAAGGACCACUGUGUUAUCAUCUAGUCCAGUACACACACCUGUGCACCACCAUUCAAAAAUCUGUUCAAAAUGGAUAUGUGAGAUUUUGGGCUACUUGUUAUCUUUGUCCUGCAUUUGAAUUGCAGCAUGCAUAUAAACACUUUGAAGUGUGACUAGGACUUAAGAACCCCCAGACACAUGAGCUAAAUUAAUUCACACACACACACACAAUAUGGAGCCCUUAAGGCUUUGAAGAGCUGUUCGCAAGGUCCCUAAAGCCCAGACUGGGCUUUAGAAACCAGUAGAGAGUGUCAUAUUUGUCCAGUUACUUAUUCUAGUGGCAAUGCAGUACACAUAAAUAUUGUGUAAGUGUUUGAAAGUAACAAAACACUUCCUUCUAAUAAGAAACAAAGACCCACAUGAAAUUUGAAAGGACUAUGGCUAUUCAUGGUAGCAAGAGAACUACUCUUGGGUUCAGUGAAUGCACACAUACAUUCAGUUCCCUGGUUUGCGAAGAAGUAAGGCCUGUUCUAGUUAUAGUCCUUUACUAGUUUGGGGGUGUGGCAGGGGUUCUUCUUUGUUUUAGCAUGUACGGUUUCUGGAGGCUGGUGGUGUGGGCAGGUUUUUUGUUGGUGUGUUGGUUGGGAUUUUUUUUUCAGGUUUUGGGUGGGGGGGUUGGUUGGCUGGGUUGGUGUGUGGUUUUUUUUGGUGUUUUUUUUUUGGUUUUUUGUUUCAUUUUUUUGUUUGGUUGGUUUUUGUGGCUUGUUUUUUUUCGUUUGGUUUGCUGUUGUUUUUCAAUGCGUAACAUACAUGCAAAUAUACACCUGGAAUGAACAGCAGGUUUGUUCCCUGCCUUCAUGUGAUUAUUUCUAUAAAUGUGCAUGUAUUUGUAAUUGAUAGAUUCAGAUUGAAUUUUUUUAGUACUUGACAGUCAACUGAAUAAAUACUUAAACAGUACUUAAGAAGGCUAGGAAUGGGUAACGUUAUUGCCUAACUAGUUACAUAUGGUUAAGGUUGCUACUCCUGACAUAUAUUUUCUGCUGUUCUAAGUAUAUUUGACCAGUAACGGCUAGCUCGAACAUGUUUUGCUAAAGGUAUGGGUCUAUAACCUGUCCUUGCAGAUGCAGUGGCUUUUCCAGAGCUGGUGGCUUAGUCUGCGUUUGAAAUAUCUAACCCUUUUCAUUUGGAUUUGGUUUUCAAUAUAUAUACAUAUAUAGGUAUCUAUAUUUGUAAUUUCUACUGUAAAUUUUCAGGGAUUAAAAAUCCUGAGUAAUAUAUAUAGGAAUUUAAAGUAAUGGGAUCAUAAAAGGCAGAGGAAGGGAAAAUCCCAUCAGCAAGUGAUAAGGUAUUUCAGAAUAAUUUCUGUUGCCUUCUGUGUGUGAAAAUGGCUAUCACGCUAUUUUCAUUCUUAACAAUUCGAUGUCAUGGUUCAUAUGCACAGUGCUUGCUUAUUCUGUUUCUCAGAUAGCCUUUAUCUGUUUUUGUGAAGGACUAAAUUAUACCCUGGGAACCUAAUAUUAACAAUAUGGGAAGCUCAAGAGAUUAUGCAGCAAACAUCUGUACUUGCAUGCAGGUUAGAAAGUAUUUUUACUCUUAUUGCUUGAGCUCAGCAAUUUCAUCAGCCUGUACUCUGCUUAGCUGCUUCACUUUGUUGCUGACCUGUAACUGACUGACUCCUCUUUGCUACUGGAAAUUGUGGUACUAGCAUCUGACUUGAAGAGAAAAUGGAGAUAAUUUUCUGCAUAUUUACCCGGUCGGAUGGAAACUGUUAUGUAAAGAUUUAUGCAGAGCGUUAUCAAUCUAGAAUGUCAGUUAAAUUGUCUUUGAAUGCAGACUGCUCUGUAAUUUAGCAGACUGCUCUGUAAUUUAAUAAUGGCAUACUGUUAAGACUGUUGCUACGUUUGUGAUCAAAGUCUCUUAACCAUUGGUCUUAAAUGCUGAUAUAUUACCAUUUUUUGAUAGCAUGUAUGGUUUGUAUUUUAGAGACGACAUCCAAAUAGAGGCAGUCCUAUCACAUCUGAGAGUGUUUUAUGUGCUAUUUAUCACCUUUGUGAAGAAGAAACAUGACUUAUUUCUUCAUCUGUAAUAAACUAUAAAUUUGACCCCA